UUGAAAGUAACUAAAAUGUUCUUGUGUUUACCCUCGUUAUUACUUUUGUUACUUAGUUGGUGUUUUGUUAGGUUGGUCUAAAUUUGGUUUAGGGGCUAUUACGGAAACCUCUUAGGUUCUGAUUGAACGAAAAAAGUUAGUUCUCAAAUUUUGUUGUCACAACUAGAUGUGUUUUUUAAUGAAUGUAAUUUAAUGUCACUUUUCUAAUACUCCCUCCAUAUUUUAUUACUUACUUUACUUUUUCUCUCCUUACGAACGUAUUUUUAUUGUUUGUAUUUCCUUGUAUUUGGAAACAUUCAACAAUAUUUUACUACAUUUCUCCCCAAUAGUAGUGUUCCCUCGUACCAUAUUUUAAUACUACGUAUUUUUUAUAUUCUCUCCUUCCCACUUAUAUUAACUUUUGGUUUUUAAUUUUUUUUUUUUUUUCAACCAACCCUACUUUCACCAUAAAAUAAUACCCCCUCUAUUUUUUUUUAAUAAGCUAGAGUUACUAUUUCGUCCUUUUUUUAUUUAUAAACUAGAGUUUCAUUUUUGGAAAUCUCUGACAAUUUAAUAAUAUAUCUUUACCUACUAAUGUCCAUACUCUUUUUUACUUUAUCAUUUCUCACUCAUUUAAUGGUCCCUACUCCCUCUCACACCACUUUACUUUUCAAUAAAAUAAUAACCUUAUCUACCCCAUUAACACCUUAGUUUAUUAAAACACCUAAAACUCCGCUCAAUUUCAUUUCUAGGUUAUAAUAAAAAACUGAAGGGAGUACUUUCUAUUGUUUCUCAUAAAACUUUAUUUCUAAAGAAAUAAGACAAGAAAUAAAAUACGAAGGGAGUACGAAAGUAGUCUUCAACAAUAUGCGGAGUAUGAGAUUACAAGACGAGAUAAAGAGAUGGAACUUUUUUUUUUUUUUUUUUAUUUAUAUAUAUAUAUAAAAAAAGAAAGAAAUAUAAAAUAGUUAUGUUAAAAUUGAAGAUUUGAAAUUUUGAACCCAUAUGUAACAUGGCACCUUAGCCCAAAAUUUUGGCCUAAAAAAACUUAAAAGAAAUCAAAUUGGCGCCCAAUACCUUCAUCCAAAAAUCUUCCCCAAAAACUUCGAAAAAUGUCCCGCCUUUAAGUCCAUUUUCUCUGCAAUUAAUACUACAACACAUUUCUCCAAAACCCCAUUUCAUCUCCCUCAAUAAUUCUCUCUCUUUAACACCAAGCUUUUGCUGAGAGAUUUUAAUGGCGGUCUCUUCUAGUCCUGUAGCUGCUGCUACUUCUGAGAAGAAGAAGAAGAAGAUAGAGGAGAAGAAGAAGGAGGUUAAUAAUGAAGAGGUGGAGACGAAAAUGGAGACUCAGAAAGAUGAAGAUCUGAAACAACCUAAGCGUUGUAAAGAUCCUGGUGUUCGAGUUGUUGGUGGUAGAAUUUAUGAUUCCCAAAAUGGCAAGACCUGUCAUCAGUGCCGUCAAAAAACAAUGGACUUCACUGCAGGAUGCAAGAACAUGAAGGGAGAUAAGCAAUGUCCAGUUAAGUUCUGCCACAAGUGCCUCCUAAAUAGGUAUGGAGAGAAUGCAGAAGAGAUGGCAACUCUUGAUAACUGGAAUUGUCCUAAGUGCAGAGACAUAUGUAACUGCAGUUUUUGCAGGAAGAAAAAGGGCCACAAGCCCACUGGCAUUCUUGCCCACACAGCAAAAGCAACUGGGUUUUCCUCAGUUUCAGAAUUAUUGAUUGUCAAGGGUCAUGAUGCGUGUCUGGAGCAAAUUGUUAAGUGCAAGGCAACUUCCUCCAAGAAAUCAGCAGCUUCGACUGAGUUGGAUGGGCCUGUUGUAAUUUCUCCGACGAAACGAGGGAAGGAAAACUCUUUUGAUGGAUCUUGUACUACGACUUUAAACUCUCAAUCUCCACCCUCAAGUCCUAAUGAUAAGAAGGCAAAAAAAGCCAAGCAGGAGAAGGGGGUGGUGGCAGGGCUCAAGGAGAGGGUUGAAGUUGCUGAAGACAAUGGUGCUGUGUCUAGCCCCAGAAAAAUUACUGAGGAGAUUGCCCUAAGAAGAAGUCCGAGAAAAUUCAACAUACCCCAAGAAGUCACCAAAAAGGAAGAGGUAGAUGGUAAUGAUGAGAAGGAUAAUGUGAGAAGAAGUCCUAGGAAAUUCAAUGCCCCUCAGGAAGUUACCAAAAUAGAUGAGAAGACGAGUGAUAACAAUUGUGGGAAAGAAACUAUGAAAGUUAAAAAGGCCAAAGAUCAAGCAGAGCCAAAGGUGAAGUCUCGCAAACGCCAGAAAGGAACAGAUAUUGAUCAUAUUGUUAUGGAUAUUAUCUUGCCCCUACUUCCCCCAGGCAGCUUGUUGACCAAUGUGGCUGGGCUCGACUUGCUUCAUGAUGAUGCUGGACAUGCUUUGCAAUUUUUGGAAUUCUGCUCUUCUUUUGGGGAGGUUCUGAACAUUAGGAAAGGACAGCCUGAAUCUGUACUGAGAGAUAUAGUGUGUGGACGGAGUAGGCGCAAGGGAAAAUGCUCUUCUGCUGUCCAGUUUCUUAUCCAGUUAUCGUCUUUUAUCCUGGAGGAAAUGGAUGAAGAGGAAGAGGAAGACGAAGAAUCCCUUUGCUUAAGCCCAUCUAACGACAAAGAUUCUUGGAUACAUUCCCUAAAAAGAUGCCUCUCUGAAUCUGAGCUUGAAUUGGAGGACUUCCCUGAGGAUUGCUUGGACAAAGGAUGUGCUGGGUAUGAGAUGUUGGAAUCCUCGCAAAAACUCAGGCUUCUAACUUUUCUUUGUGAUGAGUCACUUUCUACCAAAAAAAUUAGGACUUGGAUAGAUGAACAAAAGUUGAAGUUUGUUGAAAGAGAGAAGGAAGCAAAAGAAAGUAUAAAUGCAGCUAGGGAAAAGGAAAGGGAGGCAAAGCGCAAGCUGCAGGAGAAAGUUGCUACAGCAGUGCUUGCAAAAAAUGGUGUACCUCUUACUAUCUCUGAACAUGAUUCUAUUAUUUCAAAGAUAAAAGAAGAAACAGAGCGUGCACGUGCAGAGUUGCUGGAAGCUAUGGACUCAAUGCCUAAAAAGAGACGAAGAUCAGAUGCUGUAAGGACAGAUUCAGUCUUUUUAGAUGACAGUGGCCAUGCUUUUUGGAGGCUUACUUGUUACGGUGAUUCAAACUUACUUCUUCAAGAAGUGGGAAGUCCUGAACAAAUCGACUUCAAGGACAAGUGGUUUAGUUAUAAGGCUGAAGAGAUAGAACUGGUUGAAAAAUACAUUUCUUCUAUAAGACUCAAUAGAUACAAGCGCGUUAAGCUUGCUGAUCAAACAAGGGUGAAGAGCGAUUCUGAAAUUGAAGUAGAAUCAAGCUCCAAUGAUGAUACUCCAGCUGUGACUCAGCAGGUAGCUGAUCAAAGAUGAUCCUGGGAUGAUUCUGGAAGAUUUGUUAUUUGCUUCUUAGUCUCGAUAGCUUAUCAAAGAUGAUACUGGGAUGAUUCUGGAAGACUUAUUAUGUUGCUUCUUAGUUCCGAUAGUUUAUCAAAGAUGAUCCUGGGAUGAUUUUGGAAGACAUUAUUUUGCUUCUUGGUCUUGAUAGCUUAUCAAAGAUGAUCCUGGGAUGAUUCUGGAAGACUAUUAUUUUGCUUCUUAGUCUCGAUAGCUUAUCAAAGAUGAUCCUGGGAUGAUUCUGGUAUUAUUUUGCUUCUUAGUCUUGAUAGCUGAUCAAAGAUGAUCCUUGGCUGAUUCUGGAAAAUUUAUUAUUUUGCUUCUUACUUUCUUAGUCUCGAUGCUAGAGUAGUACAGUUUUAGGACUUGUCAGACUUCAUAUAUGCUUUUAGCAAAAUAGCACAGCCAUUUUUAGUGUAGGCUUUUGCGAGGCUAAGAACCCUAAUUGGGCAGGAAGAUUUCCCGACUAUUUGUAUGUAAUUGCUUCCAAAACUCGUAACAUAAAUCAACUUUCAGAUGUUUCAAUAUAUCCCCUUGGUUAUCAUGUCUUGCUACCAAAUAUUACAUACGAAUAUAUA